GGGGCCUAGGGGGGUCAGGGGUGCUGGACCCAGCUAGGACAAGCCUGCGAGCUAACCACGGUAGAGAGGCGGGGGCAUCGGAAGUGACUCUAACCAGCGGUGUCUCCGCAAGGCCCGGAGAAGAACGGGUUAAAUCCACCGCACUCCUGAACCUUCCGCUUCCCAGGGAGCUGCCAGCCGCGGGGCCGGAGCAGCGCAGGGACCUUCCUGCCCAGCCGCCCCGCAGCGCGGGUCCUGGCCCGGCCGGGUGCGCGCAGGGCUGAGUGCCCGGCUCCGGAGACACCACCAGCGGCAGGAAAUCGCUGCCCGGAGGGGACCGGAGCCGAGCCCAGCCCAGCUUGGUUGAGGAGCCCGGUUCUCCCCCAAGAUCCCGCUGCCCCGCACGGUCCCCGGCCCGGAUCCCGCCUCCCCCCAGCAGAGAGCGGGGCCGGGGUUCAAGCCUGGCCGCGUUCUCUGCCCCGAGGGGAGAUUUCACCGAGCAGCGUUCCCCGGCCCGGCCGCGAUCCCCCGCAUGGAGCCAGGGGAAGAGCCGAGGGUCCCGGAUCUUCAGGGCUCCCAGGAACGGGAGACCCCCAGAGGCGCCCACACAGGUGCCAGGAAGGAGGAGGAGAAUCCCCAGCGAGAGCCAUACAGGCCUUCACAGAGCCCCGAGCAGGGAGAGGCCAACAGGGUGGGAUGGCAGGAGGAAGAACUCCGAGGGGUGGAAAAUGGACUUGGGCUUCUCAAUAGCAUGUCUGUCCCCCAGAGACUGACCAUCUGUGGGCAAUGUGGGAAGAGCUUUAGCCAGUAUUCGGACCUUACUAAGCACCAGCGGAUCCACACGGGGGAGAGACCUUACAGCUGCUCCCAGUGCGGGAAGAGCUUCAGCCAGAGCUCCCACCUCACCAAGCAUCAGCGGAUCCACACGGGUGAGAGGCCCUACAAAUGCCCUGACUGUGGGAAGGGCUUCAACGACAGCUCCUACCUCCUGCAGCACCGCCGCACCCACACGGGCGAGCGGCCUUACGAAUGCCCGGACUGCGGGAAAAGCUUCGGAGACAAGUCAGGCCUUACCCGGCACCAGAAGGUACAUCACGGCGAGAGACCCUACAAAUGCCCUGACUGCGGGAAGAGCUUCAGCGAUAGCUCCUAUCUCAUCCAGCACCAGCGCAUCCACACGGGCGAGCGGCCCUACAAAUGCACCGAGUGCGGGAAGAACUUCAGCCGGAACUCGCACCUGGUCCAGCACCAGCGGGUCCACACAGGGGAACGCCCCUACAAAUGCGCUGAUUGCGGGAUGAGCUUCAGCCACAGCUCCACCCUAAUCGGGCACCAGAGGACCCACCGUGGCGAUAAGCCCUACAAAUGCCCCCAGUGCAGGAAGAGCUUCCGGCACAAGUCAACGCUGGUGAAGCACCAGCGGACCCACACCGGGGAGCGGCCCUACAGCUGCCCCAAGUGUGGGAAGAGCUUCAGCUGGGGCUCGGCUUUCAUCAAGCACCAACGCACCCACACCGGGGAGCGGCCCUACCAAUGCACCCAGUGUGGGAAGGGCUUUGGGGACAGCUCGGCCCUUAUCCAGCACCAGCGCACCCACACCGGUGAGCGGCCCUACAAGUGCCUCGAGUGUGGAAAGGGCUUUGGUGACAGCUCCACCCUGAAUCAGCACCAGCGCACCCAUUUGGCAGAGAAACCCUACAAAUGCCCAGAGUGCGGGAGGAGCUUCAUCCUCAGCUCCCACCUUGUCCGGCACCGGAGGGUCCAUGUGGCCUAGAGUCCCCAUGCGAGGACAAUUCUAUUAACUGUUCACACCUCUUUAGGAACCUUAGAAACCAGGCCUCCUUAGAGACCAAAGACCAGGCCUCUUUAGGGACCAGGCCUCCUUAGAAACCAAGGACCUUGGAGACCUGGGACCAGGCCUUCUUAGAAACCAAGGACCUUGGAGACCUGGGACCAGACCUCUUUAGGGACCAAGGCUCCUUAGAGACCAGAGACCAGGCCUCUUUGGGGAGCAGGCCUCCUUAGAGACCAAGGGCCUUGGAGACCUGGGACCAGGCCUCUUUAGCGAGAAGGAAGCAAGCUCCUUAGGAAUCACAUCAGCCCAGAGACCUGACAUAGAUUUUCCCCUGAGGCGAGGCACAGCCCGUCUGACUCAAGACUAGUGAUGUACCACGUAGGCAUUGCGAUAUGGGUGCAAUGUGUGUAUGGGUGGAAGGGGGGACGGGAGUGACUGAGGGGCCCACGGGUGGAAAUUAGUUGAAGUGGGGAAGGAAGUGAAUGUGGUGGUCCCUUCUGCCCCAGUCAAGAUGGGGCUAUUAGAAAUGCUUAGAGGCCACAAGGCAGGGUUCUUAGCCUGGGAUCGCUGCCCCUCAAAGGGGGUCAUGGUAACCCUUCCUUGUUGCUAAGAGGGAGGGUUCCUAGUUAUAUGGCAGUGGGAUCCUGGUAGGGAAAAGCUGAGAAUCCCCACAGUAGUGAGGGAGUGAUCUCUGAAGGACAUGGGGCCUUUUGUCUGUGCCCACUACUGGGUGGAGUGUGGGAGACCUGUUCCUUCAUUCCCCUGGAACUUCACAGCUCUGGACCUCACUCUCUGCUCCUUCCCUUCUCCCAGGGGCUGGGGAAGGGAAGUAUUGGGAGCCAUGAGGAGGGGUGCAUGAGGCUGCUGGAAACUGGAGGGGGCUGCUCUCAGAGGCCAGACAAACGUAUGCUCCCAGAUGGCUAGGUGGGGGGUGAGGGCGUCUGGUGGUAUCUCCAGCGCCUGGCUCCUCUCUCCAUGAUGCACAGACCUGCUAGCUCAGGAGCCCAGUGGCACCUGGGGAACGUCCAUUCCUGAGCUUGGGGCAGCUGGCAUUCAGCCAGCCCCACCCUUGGCUCUUGGUUCCCAGCAGGCACCUGGAUCCCACCCCCUGGCUGGUUCUGGUGAUGAUCCAGUCUGCUGUUGUGUUAGUCAAUUGUAUCUGUUGGAAAUAAACUUCCCCACCGGAUCUGCCUCCCCCCAUCUCCGUGAUGAGGGUCCUGUCUCAGGACUCAGCAUGGCCUUGGACAUGUUGUUCUCGCCUUCAGGGAAGCUCAGAAGCUGGCUUGGGCUCCCAGUUAUCACGAUUUGCCGCUCUGAUCCUGAUGUAAACCCCGGCAGAACACUGUCUUGUCUUGCUAAGUAUCAUCUUCAUGGUAGGUGUGGCUUCCAGCUCCCUCCUGCCCUGCCUGACUCCUGGCAGGAGCCCUCCCCUCCCCCAGCCUUUCUCUGAGGGCUCAGAGAAUCACAGAGAUGUAGGGCUGGAAGGGACUUUGAGAGGUCAUCAGGUCCAGCCCCCUGUGCAAAGGCAGGUCCAAGUAACCCUAGACCAUCCCUGAAAGGUGUUUGUCCAACCUGUUCUUAAAAACCUGCUAUAUUGCAGCUUCCACAACCUCCCUAGGAAACCUCUAACCUAUCCUACAUCUCCCUUGCUGCAGAUUAAGCCCAUUACUUCUGGUCCUGCCUUCGCUGGACAUGGCGAACAAUUGAUCACUGUCCUCUUUGUAACAGCCCUGAACAUAUUUGAAGACUGUUAUCAGUCCCCCUUCAGCCUUCUUUUCUCAAGACUAAACAUGCCUGUUUUUUUUUAACCUUUCCUCAGAGGUUCUCUAAAGCUUGUAUUAUUUUUGUUCCUUUCCUCUGGAUUUUCCAGUUUGUCCACAUCUUUCCUAAAGCUCGGUGCCCAGAAUUGGGCACACUUCUCCAGCUGAGGCCUGGGCUGAGUGCCAUUGGACCAGCCCCUGAGAAAUGAUCACAGAAGGGAUCCCUUACCCAUUGCUCCCACUCAACUCCCAUUUCCGACUGCCACAGAACCCUCCUGGCUUCAACCUUCAAGAACCCAAUGUUCCAUCUGCUACAACUUCCAUGGAACCUUCAUGAAUCCAAUGUUCCAUCCACCAUAAUUGCCAUGGAACCUUCAUAAAGCCAAUGUUCUGUCCAUCUCAACCACCAUGGAGCCUUUUAUAAACCCAAUGUUCCAUCUGCCUCAGCUUCCAUGGAACCCUCCUGGACUCAACAAUUCAUCUGCCAUGGAACUUUCUGGGCACCCCUUUAUUGAUCAACAAUCUUUUCCCAUCU